CGCCGGCUCUCGCGAGCGGGUCGUGGUAUCGUCACUUCCGACAGGGGCCGGAAGUGCUUUAAUAGCGGUUCGGCGGCUGCUGUCGAGGAGGCGCCAUGGUGGAGGAUGUACAGAAACAUUCUGUGCACACUCUUGUGUUCAGAUCCUUGAAGAGGACCCAUGAUAUGUUUGUGGCUGAUAAUGCAAAACCUGUAUCGUUGGAUGAAGAAAGUCACAAGGUAAAGAUGUCAGUUAAGCUUCACACAGAGUAUGGUUCUGUGUUGCACAUGCCUACGCUGAAGGAAAAUUUGAGAGAGAAGGGUUCCCAGGGUGUGGUGGAUCCUUAUGGACAUAAACAAUAUUCUGCAAAUCAAGGACAAGAAGUUGAAUAUAUGAUAACAGGGACACAUCCAUAUCCACCUGGGCCUGGUGUGGCUCUGACAGCAGACACUAAGGUCCAGAGGAUGCCCAGUGAAUCAGCUGCUCAGUCAUUAGCUGUAGCACUUCCUUCUCAAUCGAGGAUAGAUGCAAAUCGUACUGCCGCUGGUGUGGGUGAUAUUUACAGGCAUGCUGGAAUUCCUGAGCGUUCACAGCCUCCUAGUAUGUCCAUGGCCAUCAUGGAAGCGGGGAGCAAAAAUUCUGCACUGAUUGCAAAGAAGGCUCCAACAAUGCCCAAACCUCAGUGGCAUCCACCGUGGAAACUGUACAGAGUUAUCAGUGGUCACUUGGGUUGGGUGAGAUGCAUUGCAGUGGAACCAGGAAAUCAAUGGUUUGUUACUGGCUCUGCUGACAGAACUAUCAAGAUUUGGGAUCUUGCUAGUGGAAAAUUAAAGCUGUCUCUGACGGGACACAUUAGUACUGUCCGAGGUGUGAUAGUAAGUGCAAGAAGUCCAUACCUCUUCUCUUGUGGAGAAGACAAACAAGUGAAAUGCUGGGAUCUUGAGUAUAAUAAGGUCAUUAGGCAUUACCAUGGUCACUUAAGUGCCGUCUAUGGUUUGGAUCUGCACCCAACAAUAGAUGUGUUGAUGACAUGUAGCCGGGAUUCAACAGCACGAAUCUGGGAUGUGAGGACAAAAGCCAGCGUGCACACAUUAUCAGGACAUACAAAUGCAGUGGCAACAGUGAAGUGCCAAGCUGCAGAACCACAGAUUAUUACAGGAAGCCAUGAUACCACAAUACGACUGUGGGAUUUAGUGGCGGGAAAAACUCGUGUCACUUUAACAAAUCACAAGAAAUCUGUAAGAGCAGUUGUACUGCAUCCAAGGCAUUACACGUUUGCAUCUGGUUCUCCAGAUAACAUUAAACAGUGGAAAUUCCCAGAUGGAAACUUCAUUCAAAACCUUUCUGGUCAUAAUGCUAUUAUCAACACACUGGCUGUGAAUUCGGAUGGAGUUUUGGUAUCUGGAGCUGAUAAUGGCACUAUGCAUCUUUGGGACUGGAGAACUGGGUAUAAUUUCCAAAGAGUGCAUGCAGCUGUACAGCCUGGAUCUUUGGACAGUGAAUCAGGAAUAUUUGCCUGUGCGUUUGACCAGUCAGAAAGCAGAUUGCUUACUGCUGAAGCUGAUAAAACUAUAAAAGUAUACAGGGAAGAUGAUACUGCGACCGAAGAAACCCAUCCUGUCAGCUGGAAACCAGAAAUUAUCAAGAGAAAGCGAUUUUAAUGAGGCAACAUCUGUACAGUUGCACUAUAAUUUUGUUUUUAGCUUUCCUGAGAGCAUGAGAGUUGCAAGUUGCAUCAUGCUCCGUCUGGGAUUGCAGAGCAGAACUCCGCCGAAGUCAUUGCUGCUUCAACUUGUUUUACAAUAAAUUUUGUUUCUCUUAGGUUUUUGUCCUCUUUCUUUUUUUGGUAUGAUCCCAGGAAACCAGUUGCAGCUGUUAACUGUUUAGAUUUGUCAAGCAGAUGUAGUUCAUGAAAAGGAUAGAUGUGCAGGUGGUUAUUUUAUUAUGCAUUCAUUGAGUGCAAGAGCUCUAAAAAUACUAGGUUAAUCCAGGCUUACUGAAAGACCCCUGUUUGACUUCAAGAACUAAUUGCAAGUUUAUUCAUAGAGGUCAUUCUGCAUGACUUUUCUUGGAGAAUGACACUUUAAACUUUGAAGCAGUAUUGUUUACCAUUUAUUACUAUUAUGUUACUCUAAGUCGCUGAAAAAUAAAGCUGUCAAUGGAGAAGCAGGAGUAUAUAACAUUAACUUGUUUUACAUCAUGAACCUAAUAAGCUAGUGAGAAUUGCCAGAGAUUGUAGAAAUGAGUGAAAAUGACUUGAAAGAUGCAUUUUUUUUCCCCCUAGAAAAGGUUUUAAGUAAAAUUUGUGGUGUUGUAUAUGGAAAUUUAAUUUCUUUGUGGAUCUUUUAUAUAGUGAAUAUUUUACAGUUACAUUAAAGAGCUACUGUCAAGAUGUUCAGGAUCAAAUUGACAUAUCUUUUAAUUGCAUUUUGUCUUUUCAGUUAUGAAAAGAUAACAUUGGUUAUCUUACAAAGUAUUUGUAAAGCUGUUUUUAUUAUGGCCAUAAAUCCUGAGUUAUGUUUUAUAUCCCCUGAAUUUUUCUUUGUCUACCACCACACUACUGAGUUUUUUGGGUUUUUUUUAAUUUGAAAGACAACUUUGUAUUCAUGAAAGAGGAUCAGUUAAUAACUUCGGAGAGGAAAGCCUUUUAUCUGUCUACAGAAUGUAUAAAUGAUAGGCAGUGUAAGCUUUAAUUAUAGCAUCUUGUCUCUUUGUUCAGUCCUUUUGUGCAGUAAUUUUACAUGGGGGUGAGAGGGAGUAUGGAGCAUUAAACCUGACUUUUCAGACCAUGGGUGCUCCACUAACACUGCUAACAGGGACUGGUUGUGAUGGUGGGUUUCAUAUGAGACUUAGAUGGUAUAUGGUUGCACAUGCACACCCCCCCUUAAGAAAUUUAUUAUAGUCAUUAGAUUUGUAAUUGGGUAAGGAAAACUUUUAGUUUGUGCUAGCCUUGUACUACUAGUGAGAGAGGUGUCAUAUUCUAUUGCUAAUGCCUAGAGCCCCCUAUUUCUGUAAAUUUUAUCAGUUUUUUUAGAAACUUGUAAGUCCAUUUAAAAUUGCAAGGAUAUAAUUUAAUGUCUUCUAAACUUUUUCAUUUUCUAUAAGAACAUGGUUUCAUAUGCAUCCUUUGAAUACUGUUGCUCUAAAAAUAUAUGUGAUUGGUGUUCUUUUAAAACACCAUGAAGAUGAAACGGCUGCAGUUUGCUUCAAGCCUGUUGUUUGUAUUGUCAAAUCUACAAAAUCACAAGUAUUGUAAUAAACUUGUUUACUGCUGUUCA